AUGCCGGCGGCCAACAUGCUGGAGAACCUGCAGCCGCCCGCCCUGCAGGUGCCCGCGCCCCAGGGCGCGCCCGAGGGCGGCCCGCUCUGGUCCAGCUCGUCGACCCCCACGCUCCGCCGCCGGCGCUUCAAGAUGCGCCGCACGAAGAACGUGCAGGAGCAGAGCCUGGAGGCCGGGCUGGCGCGGGAGCUGCCCGGCGUCCUGGCCCCGGGCAAGGAGUUCCUGCAGCUGCCGUCCAUCGAGAUCACGCCCUCCAGCGACGAGGACACCCCGUGGUCCAACUGCUCCACACCCAGCGCGUCUCCGCGCCGAAAGCGCUUCCUCCUCCGCAAGUGGCUCAGGGUGAGGGAGCGGAAGGAGUGCAGUGAGAGCAGCAGCCAACAGAGUAGCCAGCAGAGCAGCCAUGACGAUGAUUCAAGCAGGUUCCUGAGUCCUCGAGCCCGGGAAGAAAGCACUGCCAGUAACUCCAACCGCAGCACGCCGGCCUGCUCCCCGAUCCUCCGGAAACGGUCUCGCUCGCCAACCCCGCAGAGCCCCGACGGAGACACCAUGGUGGAGAAGGGCUCAGAUCACUCCUCGGACAAGUCCCCGUCCACGCCGGAGCAGGGUGUGCAGCGCAGCUGCUCCUCGCAGUCCGGCCGGAGCGGCGGCAAGAACUCCAAGAAAAGCCAGAGUUGGUAUAACGUGUUAAGCCCAACUUACAAGCAGAGAAAUGAAGACUUCAGAAAGCUGUUUAAGCAACUUCCAGACACGGAGCGCCUCAUUGUGGAUUACUCAUGUGCACUCCAAAGAGACAUUCUUCUUCAGGGCCGACUCUACCUCUCUGAAAAUUGGAUCUGCUUCUACAGCAACAUCUUCCGCUGGGAAACUCUGCUGACUGUACGUUUGAAAGACAUCUGCUCCAUGACUAAAGAAAAAACAGCUCGCCUCAUUCCCAAUGCCAUUCAAGUUUGCACUGACUCAGAAAAGCACUUUUUCACUUCAUUUGGGGCCCGGGAUAGGACGUAUAUGAUGAUGUUCCGACUCUGGCAAAAUGCACUCCUUGAAAAGCCCCUGUGCCCCAAGGAGCUCUGGCACUUUGUCCACCAGUGUUAUGGGAAUGAAUUGGGCCUGACCAGUGACGAUGAGGACUACGUGCCCCCUGAUGACGACUUCAACACGAUGGGCUACUGUGAGGAGAUCCCCGUGGAAGAAAAUGAAGUGAAUGACAGCUCAUCCAAAAGCAGCAUCGAGACCAAGCCAGAUGCCAGUCCGCAGCUACCCAAGAAAUCCAUCACCAACAGCACACUGACCUCCACAGGAAGCAGCGAAGCCCCCGUCUCGUUCGACGGCCUGCCCCUGGAGGAGGAGGUGCUGGAGGGCGAUGGGUCGCUGGAGAAGGAGCUUGCCAUUGACAACAUCAUUGGAGAGAAGAUUGAGAUCGUUGCGCCUGUGACCUCCCCUUCGUUGGACUUCAAUGACAAUGAGGACAUUCCCACUGAGCUUAGUGACUCUUCUGACACCCACGAUGAAGGGGAGGUCCAGGCCUUCUAUGAGGACCUGAGUGGCCGGCAGUACGUGAAUGAGGUCUUCAACUUCAGCGUGGACAAGCUCUAUGACCUGCUGUUCACCGACUCGCCCUUCCAGCGGGACUUCAUGGAGCAGCGGCGCUUCUCCGAUAUCAUCUUCCAUCCAUGGAAGAAGGAAGAGAAUGGAAACCAGAGCCGAGUGAUCCUCUACACCAUCACCCUUACCAACCCUCUGGCCCCUAAAACUGCCACCGUCAGGGAGACGCAGACCAUGUACAAGGCGAGCCAAGAGAGUGAAUGUUACGUGAUAGACGCCGAGGUCCUCACGCACGACGUGCCCUACCACGACUACUUCUACACCAUCAACCGCUACACUCUCACCCGCGUGGCUCGGAACAAGAGUCGACUCAGGGUCUCCACGGAGCUGCGCUAUCGAAAACAGCCCUGGGGCUUAGUGAAAACGUUCAUCGAGAAGAACUUCUGGAGUGGGCUGGAGGACUACUUCCGCCACCUCGAGAGCGAGCUGACCAAAACGGAGAGCACCUACCUGGCUGAGAUGCACAGACAGUCCCCCAAAGAGAAGACCAGCAAGGCCCCGACGGUACGGAGGAGGAAGCGUCCGCAUGCCCACCUGCGGGUGCCGCACCUGGAAGAGGUGAUGAGCCCCGUCACCACACCCACUGAUGAAGAUGUGGGCCACAGGAUCAAACACGUGGCAGGUUCCACGCAGACACGGCAUAUCCCCGAGGACACCCCUAACGGUUUCCACCUGCAGAGCGUGUCCAAGCUGCUGCUGAUUAUCAGCUGUGUGAUCUGUUUCAGUCUGGUGCUGCUGGUCAUCCUUAACAUGAUGCUCUUCUACAAACUCUGGAUGUUGGAAUACACCACCCAGACCCUCACUGCCUGGCAGGGUCUGAGGCUCCAAGAAAGGUUACCCCAGUCUCAGACAGAAUGGGCCCAGCUCUUGGAAUCCCAACAAAAGUACCACGAUACAGAGCUCCAGAAAUGGAGGGAGAUAAUCAAAUCCUCGGUGAUGCUUCUUGACCAGAUGAAGGACUCUCUCAUCAACCUUCAGAACGGCAUCAGGUCCCGCGACUACACAUCCGAAAGUGAAGAGAAGAGGAACCGUUAUCACUGACCAGGCAGGAAGAGGGGCAGCUGCAAGAGGCCCGUGCAAUACGUGUACAUAGAUCAUAUAAAUAUAUAUAUAAAUAUAUAUAUAUACAGAAUAUAAAUAUAUAUAUAUUAUAUACAGAUUUUAAAAAGAGAUAAUGCCUAUGUACCAGGGAGAAGGAGCGGGACCGCCUCCUGUGCUGGCCGGCGGAGGGGCCGAGGAGGGCAGGGACCACCUCUCAGCACCGACCUCCCCUGAUCCUCCUCCCCCAUCCCCAACCCUCCCCCUUGCCCCCCCACCCUUCCCCUCGCUGGCCGUUCCUGGCUCUGAGAAGGGAAACGUUGUCGAGCCAAAGUUACACCUGUGAAGACCCCGGGGUCUCCCAAGUCUCCAGGGGCUUAAGGUGCUUCGUUCCCAAAACCCCUCUUGAUUUGUUUCCAAAAUAAAAGAGAAUCUUUUCUUCCCUUCCCCACGCUUCCCCAGGUAUUCUCUUGUGAACAGGAAGCAUCAAAGGCAGGCGCCCAAUCUAAACUCUGCCUCCUGAGCCCCCCAGCCCCUCCGACCCCCCUUUCUCUGGACCAUGCGCCCCCAGUCAGGCAGAGGGCUGGAAGGCUGGGAAGGCUGCCCCUGCGAGAUUGGGCCUUGUAGCUGCAGGCUCCCGAGGACGAGUGUGUGGAAUGGUGUCCUUCCUCUUCCCCCUCCCCCCCCCACAAUCACCCCUGCACCUUCCCCUCACCCCCUGUAAGGGUAUGGACCCCAUAAGGGCUGGGAAUUUCUUCCUUUCCCACCCCUCCCCUUCUCUCUGGUCUUCUCCCAGGCUGGAUCUGGGUGAAGUGUCACUUUUUAGUGCCUAAAGCCCUAUUUUUUCUCUGUGCCUAAGAGCACAUUGUUUAUUAGCCAGGAUGGACCAUUUUUGAUCCUGUUAAACCCCCCUUUUUAAGUGGUUGUGAGUAGGUCGGGCCUGUGGCUCUAAUUCCUAAAUUUUGAGCUGUCAGUUUGAUUUCCAGGAUGAAUCAGGGUAUCCUAGGGACGUCCGGGGUUUGAGAGAGUGAGUGCCGCCCUAACAUCGUGCGGGAUCCUGGGUUCACACGGAGCGGAGCGCAGUGUAAGUGGUGAGCACCAAUAUCCAGGCGCUCACUUGGCUGCCAGCAUCAUGUACGCUCAGGGAGGAUCCAGCUUUGGUGAAGCGAGACAACCAAGACACAGUCCGCACAUGUUAGAAGACCUAGGCCUAGCUUUUGGAAGGAAUGCAUUUGGCAAAGGUGCGAAAAGGCCGAGAGAGUCUCUGCCCCACGGAGGCCAUUCCAAAUCCUGUUACUCAGACUUGAGAGCGGGAGUUCUGGCAAAGGGGGUGCAAAGCCUUCUCUGGUCUCAGGCCUCAGAGACGUAUGAGAUCCCGAAAGAGGAGAAAGAAGACCUUAGGUUAGGAAACUGAGUCAUCCUAGGGCCAUUUUGGAGUUGGCUCGCUAGAGCCGCUGCGUUUGUCUGACCUCCUGGGGCCCUUCUGGGCACGGUUACCAUUUUUCCCUCACUAAUUGCUACCCCUCCACAUAAUGACCAGAGGAGUCCUGCCAGCCCCAGACAGAGCUCACAGAUCCUUAGUGGGGUAAGGAUCGUACCAGUUUGGCCAGGAAAACUCUUCCAGAUUGCUCGUUCUACUAGGGGACCUCUUGCAGUGAGGGGCUGAAGGAAAGGAAGACUUUAUCGCCGCUUUAGCCCAAAAGAAGAGCAAGUCCUGUUCUUCUCUUGGUAUAGCCUGAACAUCCCACUAUGACAUUAGAGACAAGUUGUUGACUUUUCAGUCUACCUGAGAACUGUUAUUACCCCAAGGGCAGGAUGAGAGACAGAGAUACACGCCCUAGGGAAAUAGGCUGAGAAGGCUCCAUGGAAUCAGCUAGGAUGGAUAUCCCUCCUCUGGGAAAGGAGACGUGAGGGAUGGAGUUGAAUGUAAUCCUCGUGAAGGGUGCAUGGGCCCACAGGUCAGUGGGUCACUACUCAUUCUGUCCAGGACUUUGACUAAGAGACACCCUGGUGAGAGUCAGGGCUUGUGGGCCCUGGGGCCAAAGAGGGACGAACAGUGAAGGCUGCUAGAGAUUUUCGUGUUGCAGUAGCCAGAAGCCAAAAUUACACUCAAACUUUUGAAAGCCGAAGUGAUAAGUUCUCUAAUUUAUCCCAUAUGCAAUUAAAUAUUUAUUGAAAUCGUUCAGUUGCUGACGGUCCCAUGGUGGGACCUUCUGGGUGACUUACAAAGGGUUCUCUGCUGGGAGUAAAGUGCUGGACCUGGACCUGGCUGCACAGAAUUGUUGUGCUCUUGCUUUACCUCUUUGGCCAUUCCAGGGAGGAGUAGGUGACAGGGAGGGAAGGUACUUAGUGUGUCCAAGAAACUCAUGAUUUCUGGGGGGUUUGAACCUGGGAGGCAGUGUGUAUACAUGGGGAAGGCCCCUUGGUUGGCCUCAUUCCUAAGAAUCGUGGAUCUCUUGUGGGUUCUCUCUGUUCUAAUAAUGCUAUAAAGUUUCAAACCAGGAAAAAACCCAACACCUCUGCUCACUCCCAAACAAAGCUUUCCCCCCUGACUCAAUGACUUUUGCAAGGAAACUCACCCUUGCAGAGAAGUCUGGGAGUGAAACUGAUAAAUAAUAUUGCAGCUCAAGCCCCGCAACUUGACUUGUGCCUGGGAGCAUUAAAACUACCACCCUUUAUGCUCUUUCUUCCAGUCAGUGCUUUAUUUUUGUUCAUGUGAGAACUGGUCACAUGGGAAUCAUUCUUUGAGGAUUCCUGUGGUCCCAUUUGAGAGCUUGCACUCAAGAGAUUUUGCAGAGUCUCUAACCAGGCGGAGAAGAGCUGUGGGGUCUCUACUUCACUCCACCGUACUUGAAGGAAUUAACAGGAUUGGCCUUGGAGCACCCACUCAUGUCUCCAACUCCUCUCUCCCCCACUCACCUCCCUGGGACAAGAGCAGCAAGAUCAGCGACUUAAAGCUCUCCAUUAGAGCACAGGGCUGGGUUAGGAGACCUGGGCAUGAGUCCUGGCUCUGCUCAUGGACAGGCCAUUUGCCCUCCCUGAACUGCAGUAUCCUCAUUUGUAACAGGAAGGGGGUCAGGCUAGACUGUCUCUAAGAUACGUUCUAGCGCGGGCGUUGUCUCGGAGGCUGGGUCAGAGACUGGCAGGAUAGAGCGUUCUCAAACUUGGAGGGUACUCUAAGCAUUUAGAUGAGUAGCAGGGCAGCAGCAGGGUUCCCAGGAAAUCCAGGGUAGUUAAAUUUUCUUCUUUAUGGGCCAGCAGGACUAGGGAGGCCUAGUGAGGUAGAGAGAGGGAGAUCAGCUUUGUUGUAUUCCCCAGUAUUAAAGUAGGAAGGUGUUUCUUCCUUUGUUGGCCUAGUCUUAGUUUGGGAAGGGACAUUCUCUAAACUAGGAGGAAGAUGAUGGCAAGAAGGGCACCAUCUUGGAUGAAGUUCAUCUUUUGUCUCUAGGCAGUGAAGCCUUUCAUCUGUCCAUCCUUGCUCCUCACUAGAAGAAACACUGGAGAGAAGUCAUUCCUGGCCAUAGCAUUUCUUUUCUGGCUCAGUCCAAACCCUAUUGGGGUUUGGAUUAAUUGUGAAGCUUUGGCUAAAAUCCUUGGGUUGCCUUAGAGCACUGACCCUAAGAACCUGAGAUAAUGGGAGUGGGGAGAGAGGGUUCAAGAAACCUCAGGAGGGAUGCUUGCUUGGCUAGAAGUGGCUUCUCUCCGUGUUCCUGUCCAAGCUUGGACCAUGUCUAAAUCGUUUUCGGGCAGCAUUUCUAGGGUGUAAUUUUGGAGAAAGGACUAAGGGAAGAAUCUUUCUGGACUGUUUGUGGUCUCAGAAGGAUGCUUUCUGUAGCCAUACUAUGCUGCUGCUUUAGCUCUGCAGGGCAGCCAAAGCCAGUCCUUCCUCCCUAGGGCCCCCGGGUGGCAGGGCUGUGAUCUCCCUCCCCACACCCCCGGACCCCACCUGCCCACUCCAGUAGCAAACUUGAGAACCUGUCUUCCUGACUCUCCUCCCCCAUCCCUUGUCUCUAGGCUGUGGGACAAUCAUCCCAUCCACCACUUGACAUCCUUAUCCUCACCCCCCAACCUCCAGCAGGCUGGCCCCACUCCCUCCACCUCUAUGUUUUCUUCCAGAAGAUGCGUUUUGGGUCCGAGUGGAGCGUUUUUCUGGAAGGCCAUCUCUUAACGCCCCUGCUUCCCUAAUGUGGAACAGGAAUUUGCACAAGGUGUAGAGAGCGCCCCUUCCCACCUCUCUGCCCAGCCUUGUUACCUCACUCCUGCUCCAGCCAUGGCUGUGACGGGCCCAGCCAGCUCCCUGUCUUGGUGGUCUGUGCGACAGCUCAGGGGUCUUGGGCAUUGUUUUCUGUUGUGACCUGAGGUCCUCAGCAGGCCUGGGAGCCCGGAUUGGAGCCUUGGCUGCUGGCAAGAAGCAUCUUGCCUGCCAAGAGGAGCUGAUGCCAGACGAUCUACCCGACAUGUGAAAGCGGAAAGCAUACUGUCAUCUCUGCCCCUUGGUCCCCUUGCUUCUCUCAACACAGUGAGACGCUGCAGAAGCAAAAUGGUGGCCUCUGCUCCAGGCAAGACAGCUGGCUCUGUCUGGGGAGUUGGCCCUGGGCUUGGGUGCCAUGUGCUGAGAUGGCGUAAUAAAAGCAACCAUUUUUUGCCAACAGUAGUGUGGCUCCCCACAUUUCCCUAUCCUGCACUCUAGGGCCAGACCACUCUCUGCAUGGACCAGAUCAUCUUCCCAAACCCAUGGUGCUUUUUUUCCCCCCCACUCAACCUAGACUCCAAGGUGGGGAGAGAUGGGUCAGAGGCCCUAGUGGCCCCUGGGUAAUCCUAACAAGGGGUGGAGUGGGGCGAGGCAGAGGGAGCAGCCCCCAACACCUGCACUGGGCCAUAUAUGGGAAAGAACACAGGUUGAUUGCAGUGGAGUUGUCUGGCCACGUGUAUUUGGAUCUAUAACUGUACUUUGCCUGGCGCUGUGCGCAAGGUCUGAAAACUUAACUGCUAUUACCUAGAACCAUAAACGGCUUCCCAGCCAAAUCUUAAUGUAAAGUAGCUAGAGCCAUGGAAGUACAGUAUGAAUUAAAAGAAAAAAGUAUUGAACUACAAAUAA